AUGUCUGCUCCUUACGACCCCAACCAAGGCUACGGAGGUUACCCUCCCCCUCAGGGAUACGCUCCUCAGGGCUACGGUCCUCCUCAGGGCCAAUAUCCUCCCCCACAGCAACCCAUGCAAUACCAGCAAGCUCCUCCUCCACAAGAAGAGAAGAGCCACGGCUGCUUUUACACAUGUAUCGCCACCCUCUGUUGUUGUUGGGUCUGCGGUGAGACAUGCGAAUGCUGUCUUGAGUGCCUCGACUGCUGCUGUUAA